GGAUGAUGAAAUGUUUCCGUAUAAAAUUGGCCGUGGUGUCUUGUCUCGAUAUUUAAAAAUCGAGUGAACUUUUGUUGAAGAAAGAUGGUAUAUAUAUAUAGACAGUUGUAUAGACGUCUGAAAGACUGAUUAUCCCGAAAAGAAUGGAAGGGAGAUGAUUAUUGGCAAAGAAGAGAUCGACUCUUUUGGUAUUACGGUAGAAACGAAUGGCAAUGGUCUGCCAAGAGGAAAAGAGAUAGAAAAAAAAAGAUUGAAUAGAGUAAAGAAGAGGAAAGAGAAGACGUGGCCUGCAGAUCGGAAAGAAUUAAGCUCCCCACGCGGGAGAUAUAUAACUUUAAAAGCUAAGCAACAAAGGACAGCGCAGAAAAAAAAAAAGAAACACCUGAAACAAAACGAGUCUCCACACAGGGCAAGACGUAAGGGAAAAUCCCACGACAACGACAAUGACUAGAAACGUUGAAAGGCUAGGGCCCAAGUGGCCGGAUGACGUUGUGAAAGAGACGCAGGGAGCAGGAGUUGAGAAAUGUGGCAGCCAUGGAUCGACCCUAGGCUCCUAGGCCCCG